GCCCUCCUGUCUGGGACCUGGCAAGCGUUUCUGCCCGGCUGCCCCGCCGCCCUGCAUCCGGUCUCAGCCAGCUGCUUGGAGCGGAUGUGCGGCAGAGGGGGACAGCUAUCUCCCCGUCGCAUACAACCCCUGCUAGCAUCUUCGUGACGCUCUCCCAGCCUGUCCAAACCCUGGCCUGGAGCAACCCGUCCUGAACCCUCAUGGAGAAGUUUGGAAUGAAUUUCGGGGGCGGCCCAAGCAAGAAGGACCUGCUGGAGAUCAUUGAGACUCAGAAGAAGCAGCUCCUCCAGUACCAAACACGUCUCAAGGAUGUAGUCCUUGCCUAUAAAAGUCUGCUGAAGGAGAAAGAGGCGCUGGAGGCCAGCAUUAAGGUACUGUCUGUAUCCCACGAGGCGGAUGUGGGCCUCGCAGGUGUGCAGCCUCAAGGCCUCACCUUUCCUGACUCUGUGGAUGACCGAUGCUCCACUCACAGCGAGGAUAGCACAGGGACCGCCGCCAGCCUGGAUACUGCGGCCAGUCUCACCAGCACCAAGGGUGAGUUUGGGGUAGAAGAUGACAGACUGGCCCGUGGACCACCACCUCCAAAGUUGGAAGAGGCCAGCGGGUCAGAGAGUGGCGUUAGCAGUAGUAGUGGGGACGGACCAUCUGGGGGUGGGGAGGUGGACAAACGACUGCACCAGCUGAAGACUCAGUUGGCUACUUUGACCAGCUCUUUGGCUACAGUCACCCAGGAGAAGUCCCGCAUGGAAGCUUCUUACCUGGCGGACAAAAAGAAGAUGAAGCAGGACUUAGAGGAUGCCAGUAAGAAAGCAGAGGAGGAGAGGGGCCGGCUGGAGGGAGAACUGAAGGGGCUUCAGGAACAGAUAGCAGAAACCAAAGCCCGGCUUAUCACGCAGCAACACGAUCGGGCCCAAGAGCAGAGCGACCAUGCCUUGAUGCUGCGUGAGCUCCAGAAACUGCUGCAGGAGGAGAGGGCCCAGCGCCAGGACUUGGAGCUUCGGUUGGAAGAGACUCGGGAAGCUCUGGCCGGGCGGGCCUAUGCAGCUGGUCAGAUGGAAGGGUUUGAACUGCAGACCAAGCAGCUGACCCGUGAGGUGGAAGAGCUGAAAGGUGAGCUUCAGGCUCUUCGAGAUGAGAAGAAUCAGCCUGACCCCCGGCUGAAGGAGCUUCAAGAAGAGGCUGCCUGCCUUAAGAGCCAUUUCCAGGCUCAGUUGCAGCAGGAAAUGAGAAAGACAGCCCUCGCUGAGGAUCAGCUGCGUCAGCAGUCGCAGUUGGAAGAGCAGAGGGUGGCGGCCCUGGAGAAUCAAAUAUCCCAGGUGUCGGAAUUGCUGGGCACCUACGAGAAAGCCAAGCAGAAGGACCAGCUGGCCAUCCAGAAGCUGAAGGAGCGCAUUCUGCAGCUGGACCUGGAGAACAAAACCCUGGCUCUAGCGGCCUCCAGCCGGUCCCCUCUGGACAGCCAUGGAGAGGAGUCCAGUCUGGAUGUCAACGUCCUGAAGGACAAGAUGGAGAAGCUGAAGAGGCUGCUGCAGGUGGCGGCCAGGAAGAGCCAGGUGACCCUGGAUGUGGAGAAGCUCUGCGACCUGGAGAUAAUGCCCAGCUCUGAGGCUGCUGAUGGGGAGAAGGCCACAGCGCUCUACUACCAGCAGGAGCUGAAACAGCUGAAGGAGGAAUUUGAGAGGUACAAGAUGCGGGCCCAGGUGGUCCUCAAGAGCAAGAACGUCAAAGACGGGAACCUCGGCAAGGAGCUGGAGGAAGCCCGGGAGCAGCUGGCUGAGCUGAAGGAGAAGUACAUCUCGCUGCGGCUGUCCUGCGAGGAGCUGGAGCGCCAGCACCAGCAGGAGGCCGAGGGCUGGAAGCAGGAGCUGGCCCGGCUGCAGCAUGGCCACCGGCAGGAGCUGGAGCGGAGCCAGCUGGACUUCCGGGACCGCACACUGAAGCUGGAGGAGGAGCUGCACAAGCAGCGGGACCGGGCUCUGGCUGUGCUGGCUGAGAAGGACCUGGAGCUGGAGCAGCUGCGGUCCGUGGCCUUGUCCUCUGGGCUGCCGGGGCGCAGAAGCCCCGUGGGUGGCGCGGGCCCCAGGGACCAGGCGGACACCUCCACCCCGGACAGCUUGACCCAAGCCCUGCAGCUCGCUGCGGCCAGCGAGCCCACUUUCUUCCUGUAUGCCGAGCAGCUGGCCCGCAAGGAGGUGGAGAUCGCGUCGCUGAGGAAACAGAAGCACCGGCUGGAGGUGGAAGUCCAUCGGCUGCAGGACCGCUUGCUGGAGGAGGGGGAGCGACAUCGGGAGGAGGUGGGAGCCCUGCAGAGCCACAUCGCGAAGCACAGCAGGGACCAGAGUCGGGAGGGGGCCAACCUGGAGUACCUCAAGAACAUCAUCUAUCGCUUCCUGACCUUGCCAGACGCCCUGGGCCGCCAGCAGACGCUCACUGCCAUCCUGACCAUCUUGCACUUCAGUCCAGAGGAGAAGCAAGCGAUCAUGCGGCUCCCAGCUGGUGGUGGUUGGUGGCCCUCUGGCAAGAGAUGAUGCCAUUUUCACUCCUCCGAUUUCUGUGCCUCGUCUGUGAGAAGGGACAGGCUCUGGUUUCUCCCACCCCUUCUCUUAUGUCUCCGUCUCGUUUCUUCACUGUGUUGACCUGGGAGGAAUCCUCAGUGUGGGAUGGGAUCUUCUGUCAAAUGCCAUUAAUGCCAUUUUAUCCUUGGGCCCCAGAGAUACUGAAAGUGUUGGGACAGCAUC